AUGUCCGCUGUGGUCAUGAGGAGAUGGCGCACAUGCUGCUCUCCUCUUCUCGCAAGUCUACGUUCUCGAUUUCCCCUGGUUGUGGGACCCCAGCAGCGGCUGUUCACUACAGCUGCUGCCCCAGGGGAGGCGACCCCUUCGGCAGCAGGCGCUGCUGCUGAUGCAUUCCCAUUCCUACAAAAGCAAACAGCGGCAGAGGCUGCUCAGCCUGUGAGCUUCGGCUCUCUCGCCGCUUCUAUGGCCAGCGCGUCUGCAGGGAGGGUUCGGGUAAUCAGGGAUAUGGAUGCAUUCGAGGCUGAGGUGUACAAACAGCCGCCAACUCCCGGCUCUCUCGCCGCUUCUAUGGCCAGCGCGUCUGCAGGGAGGGUUCGGGUAAUCAGGGAUAUGGAUGCGUUCGAGGCUGAGGUGUACAAACAGCCGCCAACUCCUCUCGCUAUCUUUUUCGCCGCAACUUUCAACACGCACAACAAAACACUUCUUGAACAGUUCAUCACCCUCGCCAACUCGUCUAAUCCCAAAGCCCAGUUCCUCAUAGUCGAUGUCGAUGAAGUGCCCCGAGCUGCUUAUCACUGUGGGCCUACCCAGUUGAUUGGGGAGUUCCGUACCGCGUUGGACGAAUGCCUCAACGCAGUGCAGCAGAAGGAGCCGCCGCAGCAGCGGGUGGAGUGGUAUACCCACAGCAUUCCUGUAGACAAUUUGAAUGUCUACCGCGUCAACUGGCCCACGGCUUGA